CAGCAGCAGCAGCAGCAACAAGGACACUGGCAGCGGCAACACCAACAACACCAAUACCAAAAGCAAUAACAAUCAAUGCGCUCGACACGACAUGGCGACGUCAACUGGCAACACCAACAAUGCAACAACAGCAACAUAAAUUGCUCUGGCAAUUGCAGCAACCAUUGCAUUUGCAAUGCCUGAUGACGUCGAUCCGUCUGCCAUCGGACGCAAUCAGCCGGCUCUUUUUGGCUAUUUGCCUGCUGGGCUGCCUUAGCCCCUAUACAGCUGCUUUGGAGGAGGACUGCGUUGAUUUCCAGGGCAAUAAGGUGAACCAUGGCAUGCUGUAUGUGCCCGGGCCCGGUGUAUGCAGCCUGUGCGUUUGCUAUCACUCCGAGCCACUCUGGUGCAAGGCCAUCUACUGUGAUCCGCCCUACUUUUGCAAAAACUUUCGAGUUGGCGAACGUUGCUGCGAGUUCGAGUGUCUGGAUCCGCCCGGCGAGGACAAGCUCUAUCAGGAACGAAUGCGAAAACGUGCCGAAAUCCUGGCCGGAAAUAGUACCGCCUCGAAUGUACGCCUUGCUCCGAUAGCCAUGUCCACCAUAAUGCUGGGCUUUCUGGGCAACAGUUUCCUGAAUUUAUAACUUGAAGUGAAAUAGCCAGAGCUGGAUGGAGGUCGUCGUACCCUAUAAUUUUGUUACUCGUUGUUGCUCUCUCUCUCUCUAUCUAUCUAUAUAUCUCCCUCAGUGAGAUUAUGAUUACACCAGUGGUAUAGGUUUUCACGUAAUAUCCCCAGACUUAUAUAGGUACAAUAAUAAUUUCAUUCACCACAAAUCCCGGACAGUACCCCAAUGUGUGUGUGUGUGUGAUCCAGAAUCGUUGGAUAUAUACAUAUAUAUAUAUACAUAGAUAUAUAGCUGAUAUAUGGCAUAUACACAAAGAAAACCAGAAUAAACUCAUCAAGCGAACGUAUAAGACAGUCUCUAGCUCCUAAGACUCUAUAGUAACAAGAUGAAUAUAUAUAUAUAUAUAUAUA